CAAAACCUCUUCAGUGUACGAUGAGACUGUGUGUCGCUAAGAACUUUCGCGUGUUUUUUUCAGCGAAAAUUCAGCAAGAUGCCACCCAAAAACGAUCCUGAAAUCAUAGCGUUGAAGAAGGAGCUGGAGGAUAUGUACAAAAAAUUACAGGAAGACCAAAAAAAAGUAGAAGACACCAGCUUAGAAAAGGAAUGCGAAAAUGUAGGCGCGGCCCCGAAAGUAAAAUUAACGACGAAAAAAUUAAUGAAAGGACAUUUAAACAAAGUAAAUUCAGUUCAUUACAGCGGUGAUAGUCGCCAUUGUGUUACUGGCUCUCUAGAUGGGAAAUUAAUAAUAUGGGACACUUAUACGGGAAAUAAAAUGCAAAUCAUACCUUUAAGAUCUGCUUGGGUGAUGAGCGUGGCUUUUUCCAAUUCAGGAAAUUACGUAGCCUGUGGAGGUAUGGACAACAUGUGUACGGUUUAUGAUUUAAAUAACAGAGACUCAAACGGAGUUGCUAAAAUGGUCAGGGAAUUGGCCGGAUACGAUGGAUUUUUAAGUUCUUGUAGAUUUUUAGACGACAAAUCGAUUAUAACAGGAUCAGGCGAUAUGAAAAUAUGUAAAUGGGAUUUAGAAACAGGUAGAAAAACUUCCGAUUUCAAUGCACACAACGGUGACGUAGUCUCCAUAAGUUUAUCUCCAGAUGGGAAUACCUUUGUAACGGGAAGCGUUGAUAAAACUUGUAGACUGUGGGAUAUUCGAGAGGAUAAACCGAAGCAAACAUUUUUCGGACAUGAGGCUGAUGUAAAUUCAGUAUGCUACCAUCCUAGCGGUUACUGUUUCGCGACAGGCUCAGAAGAUAAAUCUGCUAGAAUGUUCGACAUUAGGAGCGAUCAGCAGAUAGCUUUGUACAAACCACCUUCUCCCAAUAGCGGUUUCACUUCUUGCGCUCUGUCAAUUAGUGGAAGGAUUCUACUUUGCGGGUCCGACGACAAUAACGUACAUAUGUGGGAUACAUUGAAAAAUCAACACAAUGGAACUCUAUCUGGCCAUGACAACAGAGUCACAUCAAUAUCGGUAGCUGAAAAUGGCAUAGCAGUAGCUUCGUGCAGCUGGGACCAAACUGUCAGAGUUUGGGGAUAACUUUUAAACGGAAAUACUGUUAGAAUUUAUUUUCCAUCUAUUAUAAACGGCAGAAGACGUGAUUUGUUAUUGGGUUGUUGACACCUGAAUGCUCAUAUAUUUUUCAGAAAGUGAUCGCAUUAAUUUUUAAUAUGAUUAUUAUUAUUUCCUCAUUUGUUGAGGUUAAUAAACAAUACUUGCUAUUAAUGCGUUUUAUUUUUUGGAAAGAAGUUUCUUUUAGAAUAUGUUAAACAGUCGCAUAUUUCGGAAUUUAAAUCCGAGAAAUUCUUGGAUCUAAAUACAGACACGAUAUGCAUUAUGCGCCUUAUGUAUUAGUAGGCAU